GCUACUGGCAAAUUGAAAAUGUUGUUCCAAGUUUGUUUCAUCUGCUGCCUGGUCACAGUUUUUCAAAACAUUCAUGCAGCCAAUGCCAUUGAAUAUACAAACAACAAAACAGUGCAGGCAACUCUAGCUUUGUCCAUCCCAACUGCACCAGACACGUGCCGGGAUGUGGUCAGUUCUUCACCCAGACCAGUGGUCAUCCUGUCAAGUAGACUUGAGGUGAUGUGUGACACACAGACAGACGGGGGAGGAUGGAUGGUGAUACAGAGAAGAUUCAACGGACAAACAGAUUUCUAUCGGGGGUGGGAGGAGUACAAGUAUGGGUUUGGAGAUGUGGAUGUCGGAGAAUUUUGGCUGGGCAACGAGAACAUUCACCGUCUGACGUCACAAAGACGAUACGAGCUGAGGGUCGAUUUUAAAUUUAACAACACGGACUACUUCGCUAAAUAUUCAAGGUUUAGCGUGUAUGGAGAAUUGGAAGGCUAUAGGCUAAAGGUCAGUGGUUACUCAGGUAACGCCGGGGAUUCUCUGAUAAGCGCACAUAACAACCAGAAGUUUAGCACGUUCGACAGAGACAGCGACACCCAUACCAAAAACUGCGCGGAGGUCUUCCACGGUGCCUGGUGGUACAGCGGAUGUCAACACUCAAAUCUGAACGGACUGUGGGGAAACAAUGAGUACGGCAAGGGACUGACCUGGUUCACAACAACAAAUUACUACGCGACUGCAACAUCCGUAGAGAUAAAGAUUAGACCGAUUUAGUUAGGAAAAGUGUUAAGGAUCUUUAAAAAUGUAUGUGUUGUUUAACAGAAUUUAUACAAUACAUGUGUAAUAAAAUAUCUAUUUUGCAAAUGAAUUACAUUUAAAAAACACCUUUCAAAAUGUUAUAUUAUGAUACAGUUACAAUUUGUUUAUAUCAAUGUAAUCAAUGUAUUCUUAUUACUAUUUUAUUUUUACCUAAAGAAACGCAAUGUGAAAUAAAUAAUUUACUUAAGAACGUUCAUUUCGAAAUAAAACGAAACUAUUUUCGUUAAUUAAGGCAAUAGAAAAACAUAAAGUAUAAGAUGCUGCCUAUUGUUUCUUUUUAUAAUGUACGUUUUUUUUACACAGAAGAUAAACAGAUAUAAUCAUAUACAUACAGUUAGCCUCACGUGUACAAUUUUUAAAUUCUUGUUGCUGUAACCACCAAUAGUGAAAAACAAACCCGAAAACUGAAGCCUAACAUCAAACUCGUCUUGCCUCAACGUUAAAAUUAAAAUUGAAUAAAUGUAUCCAUUACAAUGAUAUAUUUUUUUAUUAAACAUAUAGAAUAUUGA